AUUCCAUAUUCUAUAUAUUAUCAGAGUAACAAGAAAAAUUUCUAAGUAAAACUGAAAACCUUGAUCUAAGUUUGUUUCUUCCAUGGAUCUCCAAUCCCUCUACUUCACAUCCGUAUCCAUUUUAAUUUUUGUGUUUAUGGCACACAAAAUAAUGACAAAGAAAUCUGCCUCAGAUCCAAAUUUACCACCUGGGCCAUGGAAGCUACCUAUCAUAGGGAACAUACACAACCUUGUUUGCUCUCUUCCCCAUCGUAGGCUGAGAGAUUUAUCAGCAAAAUAUGGACCCUUGAUGCAUCUGAAGCUUGGAGAGGUUUCUACUAUUGUGGUUUCAUCCCCAGAGUAUGCUAAAGAGGUGCUGAAAACCCAUGAUCUUAUCUUUGCAUCAAGGCCUCCAAUACUAGCUUCAAAGAUAAUGUCUUAUGAUUCCAUGGGCAUCUCUUUUGCACCUUAUGGAGAUUAUUGGAGACAGAUGAGGAAGAUUUGUACAUUGGAGCUAUUAAGCUCAAAACGUGUCCAAUCUUUCCAACCAAUCAGAGACGAAGAACAUACUAACUUGAUCAAAAGGAUUGCUUCAAAAGAAGGGUCAGCUACAAAUCUCACCAAAGUAGUGGUUACAACACUAUCUAUGAUCAUUUCAAGGACAGCCUUUGGCAACAAGUGUAGGGACCAUCAGAAAUUCAUAUCAGCAGUAAAGGAAGCCACAGAGGUUGCUGGCCGCUUUGACUUGGGAGAUUUGUACCCUUCUCCUGAAUGGCUUCAGAACAUCUCAGGAUUGAAGCCUAAGCUUGAGAAAACUCAUCAACAAACCGAUCGAAUUAUGCAAAACAUCAUCAAUGAACAUAGAGAAGCCAAGUCAAGUGCAACAGAAGGCCAGGGUGAAGAAGUGGAGGAUGAUCUUGUAGAUGUGCUCUUGAAGGAGGAGUUUGGCUUAAGUGAUGAUAGUAUCAAGGCUGUGAUUUUGGAUGUCUAUGGAGGUGGAACCGAGACUUCAUCUACAACCAUAAUAUGGGCAAUGGCAGAGAUUAUAAAAAAUCCAAGAGUGAUGAAGAAGGUACAAGCUGAGGUAAGAGAGGUAUUUGGUAAAGAAGGACAUGCCCAUGAAGGUGACAUGGAGAAUCUAAAAUACUUGAAAUGUGUUGUGAAAGAGACAUUGAGAUUACACCCUCCUGGUCCCCUUCUACUUCCAAGACAUAGUGGACAAGCUUGUGAGAUCAAAGGGUAUCACAUUCCUGUGAAGAGCAAGGUCAUAGUGAAUGCCUGGGCAAUUGGAAGAGACCCAAAUCAUUGGAGUGAGGCAGAGAGGUUCUAUCCUGAGAGGUUCACCGAAAGCUCUAUUGACUUCAAAGGCAAUAGCUUUGAGUACAUUCCAUUUGGUGCCGGAAGAAGAAUAUGCCCUGGCAUCACAUUUGGCUUGACCAAUGUUGAGUUUCCACUUGCAUUGUUAAUGUAUCAUUUUGAUUGGAAACUACCCAAUGGAAAGAAGAAUGAAGACUUGGACAUGACUGAAACUUUUGGAGUAUCAGUUUCUUUAAAAGAUGAUUUAUACCUCAUUCCUAUCACUUUCCAUCCUUAGGAAAGAAAAAAAGUAUAGAUCCGAGAAUAAAGAAACUUGAUAUUUGUAAGUGAGGUUUGUUCAGCCUUUUUCAAACUAAAUAAUGCGAAGAAAAGUAUGUAUUUG